AAAGAGUUUAGCGAACACGCAUCUGCGGUUAACGUUGCUCGUCACAUUCAACGACCACGCGCAUCAAGCGACCCCCCAGCCUACACUGCCCAACCUGCCUCACUAGCGCUCUUUUUUCCAUUGCCCAAUUCACCGCCUUCUCUUUGCCUCAUUGCUCAUUCAAAUCUCAAUGUCCGUUCGCUCUUUUACCGUCUUCCAGGACAUUCCAACCGAGAUUCAGAAGAUCAGUCAUGGUAGCGAUAAAAGUCUGGUGAUGCCCACAGCUGCAGAUGUUUCAGCCACAUUAUUAUCCACCCUUGCCGCUAUCGAAAAGGAGAACCUUCAUCCGCUUACAGGCGAACGCGCGGCCCAAACCUUAACUAAUGCAUCCAAAAAGCGCAAGACAGCAGUUCUAGUGACGAAAGUUGUAGCUCCUCCGACAUCUUCUAAGAAACAGAAAGACGUCAAGUCUGAGCCGAAGAAAUUGCGAAAAUCUACCAGUGGCAAUGGAAAGAGAAGUGAUGGGCGCAAAAAAAUCGCUAGAGAGUCACGCUCUGCGCGCAAAGCUUCGCCUUUGCCGAGGGUUGAUGAGGAACAGGAAAUUUCGACUGCGACUCCAAUUCAGCGAAUCCCCACUCGUCUUACUAUAUCCCAGGCCAAGAUAGACUCGAGGUGCUAUGAGCUUACCGUCUCGCCAUUGGCAGACGUCUCCGAAGCGUAUGAUACUGCUACAGAAGCCUCGGAUCAAGAGUCUGUAUUUGAAAAGGAACAGUCUGCUGAACCUGAAAUCCGCGACUAUUCCUCUCCCGCAUUAUCGCACGCGUCCUUACCAUCCGAGCAAGCGGAAGCUACUCCACUUGCUCCGAGGAUAGCUUCUAAUACCGAAUUCUCCACGCCAGAACGCAAACAGAUCUACUCAGCAUUUACCUUUUCAUCUCCCUCGCCUUCAUCGAGACGUUUUAGGGCAGCUCAGUCAUCCCCCACGAGCGAGACCACCCCUUCCCACUCGGAAUAAUACCCGUCGUGAGCCUUUUGAGCUACCACAAUAGUGACACAUGCACAUGCACAAUUUACUAUCAAAUCUUACCUCAACCUCAUCUUCGCAUAACUCAUCAGUGGCCUUCAAUCCCAGCGGCUGCCUGCCUUUCCUUCUUGUGUAUAGCAUUUUCCUUCUAUUUAUGCAUUCUAUCAUCACCGACAUCUUUACCUAUGGGUUAUAUCUCGCUUGCUAUGCUUCGGUCUGGUUCACUCGCUUUGGUUUGCUCGUUGCUUUGUGCUCCCAGCGUAUCUCCAUUGUUGGACUCCUCAAGCAUCUGUGUAUUACGCAUUUCACAUCAAUCUAUCUUCACUUCAAGAGAUCGCCAAAGCAUUUUCUAUGUCUCCCACUCCGAGUCGUCAAGAGGAGUUCUAGAUAAGCUUUUUUUGGACCAAGUUCCUUGGUCGCCAGUCGUAGAGCUACUGAUCUAAUGAGCAACAACUCUGCAUGCC